AUGUCAACUACCUUUCCAGGACUCGUCCACGAUGCGGAGAUACGUCAUGACGGAUCAAACAGUUACCGUUUGAUGCAGCUGGGAUGCCUGGAGUCUGUGGCCAACUCCACCGUCGCCUACUCCUCCUCGUCGCCCCUCACGUACUCCACCACCGGCACUGAGUUCGCUUCCCCCUACUUCUCCACCAACCACCAGUACACCCCCCUGCACCACCAGUCCUUCCACUACGAGUUCCAGCACAGCCACCCGGCGGUCAACCCCGACGCCUACUCCUUGAACUCGCUCCACCACUCGCAGCAGUACUACCAGCAGAUCCACCAUGGAGAACCCACCGACUUCAUUAACCUGCACAACGCCCGGGCGCUCAAGUCCUCCUGCCUGGACGAGCAGAGGAGGGAGCUGGGCUGCCUAGACGCUUACCGGCGCCACGACCUUUCGCUUAUGAGCCAUGGCUCCCAGUAUGGGAUGCAUCCAGAUCAAAGACUCCUGCCCGGACCAAGCCUUGGGCUGGCCGCCUCGGGAGCCGACGAGCUGCAGGGUUCAGUGGAGGCCCAGUGUGGGCUAGUGUUGAACGGCCAAGGUGGGGUGAUAAGGAGAGGUGGUACGUGUGUAGUUAAUCCCACAGAUCUCUUUUGCUCGGUUCCUGGCCGCUUAUCUUUACUCAGCUCCACUUCCAAAUACAAAGUGACCAUCGCAGAAGUGAAGAGACGCUUAUCCCCACCAGAAUGCCUCAAUGCCUCUCUUUUGGGAGGGAUUUUGAGAAGAGCAAAAUCCAAGAAUGGAGGACGUUGCUUAAGAGAAAAAUUGGACAGACUGGGCCUCAAUUUGCCUGCUGGAAGAAGGAAAGCAGCAAACGUCACCCUCCUCACGUCCUUGGUAGAAGGAGAAGCUUUGCAUUUGGCCAGGGAUUUUGGCUACACCUGUGAAACUGAAUUCCCAGCCAAGGCAGUUGGCGAACAUCUUGCCAGACAGCACAUGGAACAGAAGGAACAGACAGCAAGGAAAAAGAUGAUCCUAGCAACAAAGCAAAUAUGUAAAGAAUUUCAGGACCUGCUGAGCCAAGACAGAUCGCCCUUGGGAUCCUCAAGACCUACUCCAAUAUUAGACCUUGACAUCCAGAGACAUUUAACACAUUUCAGUUUGAUCACUCAUGGCUUUGGAACUCCUGCAAUAUGUGCUGCCCUCAGCACUUUCCAAACUGUUCUCAGUGAAAUGCUGAACUACUUAGAAAAACACACAGCGCACAAAAAUGGCGGAGCGGCAGAAUCUGGCCAAGGACACGCCAACUCGGAGAAAGCCCCCCUGCGGAAAACUUCAGAGGCUGCUGUGAAAGAGGGCAAAACAGAAAAGACAGACUAG